AUGGAGUCAAGUGUGGGCUCCUCAAUCUCCCCAGAACCUGUUGCUGCCCUAGGGGUGCUGGACACUGGGCCUGGCAGCUCCUCUCAGGAAAAAGCUAAGACCAGGGAACUCCAGCCCAUGGAGCCACAGCUCACAGACCUCAGGAAGCUCCAAGAACUUCCUGUCUGCAGGGACCUUGCUGUCAAGAGUCCUGGCAUCCAGGCUGCAGGGACUGGAGAUGGCCUCCUGGACACAGGCACCAUAGAUGAGCAGAGCAGCAGUGGCAAAAUCCCUAACCGGGACAGCGGGAUCGACAGCCCAUCCUGCAGUGUGGCCAGCGAGAGCUUUCCCUGCAAGGAAGGGAGCAAGGCCAGCCAGAGCCCUGUCAUGUUGGGGCUCCACCCAGAGACAGACUCGCAGGAUGCCCCACAGGACACCACCAGUGACAUGGACAAGGGUAGCAGUGAAGGAUCUAACCCAGAAACUGUCCUCCAGACAGGUGGCAUGGACAUGGGAACAGCCAAGUGCUCCAAGCCCCAGCAGCUGUUUAACAUUGCCCAAGAGCUCCUGCACACAGAGGAGGCCUAUGUGAAGCGACUGCACCUGUUGGACCAGGUCUUCUACACCAGGCUGACAGAGGCUGGGAUCCCUGCAGAGGUCACCACAGGCAUCUUCUCAAAUAUCUCCUCCAUCUAUCGCUUCCAUUGGCAGUUCCUCUUGCCAGAGCUCCAGGCACGGAUCGCUGAGGAAUGGGAUGUGAAUCCCCGGCUCGGGGACAUCCUGCAGAAGCUGGCUCCAUUUCUCAAGAUGUACGGCGAGUAUGUCAAGAACUUCGACAGGGCCAUGGAGCUGGUGGGCACGUGGACCCAGCGGUCGGUGCUGUUCAAAGACGUUGUUUACAAUAUCCAGAAGCAAGAGGUGUGUGGGAACCUGACACUGCAGCACCACAUGCUAGAGCCUGUGCAGAGGGUCCCUCGCUAUGAACUGCUGCUCAAGGACUACCUGAAGAGGCUCCCAGCAGAUGCUCCUGACCGGAGGGAUGCAGAGAAGUCCUUGGAGCUCAUUUCUAUCGCAGCAAACCACUCCAACGCAGCCAUUCAGAAGAUGGAGAAAAUGCACAAGCUCUUGGAGGUGUAUGAGAGACUGGGUGGGGAGGAAGACAUUGUCAAUCCAGCCAAUGAGCUCAUCAAAGAGGGCCAUAUCCAAAAGUUGUCAGCCAAGAACGGCACCACUCAGGACCGCUACCUCUUCCUGUUUAACAGUAUGGUCCUUUACUGUGUGCCCAAGCUGAGACUCAUGGGCCAGAAGUUCAGUGUCCGAGAAAAGAUGGACAUUUCAGACCUCCAGGUACAGGAUAUUGACAAGCUAAAUGCAGUACAUACAUUUGUAAUAACAGGAAGGAAAAGGUCCCUGGAGCUUCAAACUCGGACAGAGGAAGAGAAGAAUGAAUGGAUCCAGGUCAUCAGGGCCACCAUUGAGAAGCACAAGCAGAACAGUGAGACCUUCAAGGCCUUCAGUGGCCCCCUCAGCUGGAAUGAGGACCCCAUCUUCCCACCAGAUCCAUCUCUUGAGUCCAGAAAGCCUUCCUCUAAAACGAGGCGAGAGAAAGAGAGGCAGAGCUGCAAGAGCUGCGGGGUGACCUUCCACUCCAUCACCAAGAGGCGACACCACUGCAAGCAGUGUGGAGCUGAGUCGGAGUCACAGGCGGCCUCUAUUUUGCAGGUCAUCUGUGGGAAGUGCUCCGAGUUCAAGGCUGAGAAUAGCAGGCAGAGCCGGGUUUGCAAGGAAUGUUUCCUGACCCCGUCAGCAGGCCCUGACAGCCUUGGUCCUGAAGUGCUCAUUGAGCCCAAGAAAGGCACAGAGAAGCUGCCUGCUGCAGACCCCCAGCACAACUUGCUCUGUGGCACCCUGCAGCUGUCAGAAGAUGGCAAGGUCUGGAGUGAGGUGUGGGCUGCCAUCCCCAGGACAGACCCACACGUGCUGCACCUUCAGGGAGGCAACCAGGAUGGACAGCCACCCCGGACCAUUGCCCUGCCUAGCUGCAAGGUGAGCACCCCAGAACCCACAGAGAAGCCUGACUCCAGGCAUAUACUGAAGCUGCACCAUGCGUACUUGUGCCUGUACCUGGACAUGCAAACCGCCGAGCUGCAACAGCAGUGGCUGGAGACCCUCAGUGAUGCCACCCAAGGGGACCUGGCACCGCCCAGCCUGGGGAUGCCAUAG